UUCAAUAGUUAAAUGUUAAUUCAGCAGUCACCUCCCGGUACGCACGCACGCAGUAAGCCCAAGCUUCAUAAACGAGCUCCUGCCGCUGUGGUGUCUCAGUGUUUCCACUGAUUCCACAUCAGUGAAGCAGCUCAGAGAAGAUGGCACUGGCAGACACCGAGCGCGGAGUGUCCAGCUGCGGGGAUUCGGGCGCCCAGUUUUCCGAGAUCAUCGAGCUGAAUGUCGGCGGACAGGUUUAUGUCACCAGACACAAAACUCUGAUCGCUGUCCCAGACUCACUCUUGUGGAACAUGUUCAGCAAGAAGUCACCCAAGGAGUUGGCGAGAGACAGCAAAGGGCGCUUCUUCUUGGACAGGGAUGGGUUCUUGUUCCGCUACAUCCUCGACUAUCUCCGAGACCUCAACUUGGUCCUCCCGGACUACUUCCCCGAGAAAAGUCGGCUGCAGAGAGAGGCUGACUUUUUCCAGCUUCGGGACCUCGCAAAACGCCUCAAUCCCCGGGUGAGUAAAGAGAAUUCAAUCAGUGAGGAGAUCAGCCAGAGCGACACAGAAGAGGGCGGGCAGCAGUGCGGCUCCUCCGGCGGUUUGGAGACUUUACGCACCAUGUCUGUCAGCGGAGCCAUGCGCUCCCCGUCUCUGGACUCUAGAAAGUCCGGCUACAUCACGAUAGGAUACCGCGGCUCGUACACUAUUGGCAGAGACAUCCAAACCGAUGCCAAGUUCAGGAGAGUGGCGCGCAUCACAGUUUGCGGUAAGACCUCUCUGGCCAAAGAAGUGUUUGGGGACACGCUGAAUGAGAGCAGAGACCCGGACAGGCCCCCUGAGAGAUACACAUCCCGGUACUAUCUCAAGUAUAAUUUUCUAGAGCAGGCAUUUGACAAGCUGACAGAAGCGGGAUUCCACAUGGUGGCCUGCAGCUCCACAGGCACUUGUGCCUACACCAGCAACGAUCCCAAUGAGGACAAAAUUUGGACAAGCUACACUGAAUACGUUUUCUGUCGGGAAUAACCAACACCAUUCGCGCCACGUCCGUGUAAAUAUACCUACAUUUCACACCACAGAGGAAUGUCUUCGAAGAGUAGUGCAGUUUCUGUGCUGAUUGGUGACUUUUGUUAAGGAGUGACUGUACCAUAUUGCUCCAUUAUUGCCAGAAAUUAGACACAAAAUGCUCCCUCACCCCCCAAAAAAUUAUUUAACACACAAGAUUUUGUUAGGUUUGGCUUGAAAAGAUGAAGCUGUUCUGAGGUUCAAAGUGAGCAAAACUCAAAGCACUGCAAACAUUAUCUCCAUCUCAUAGAACUGCAUGUCAAUGUUUCAGUCAUGUCUGACUCAGUGCUGUGUGAAUUGAGUGGCAUCCAGGAACAGACCAGCAGCAAUUAUUAUUCAGUGUCAUUGUGACUUCUAGGCUUGCUCGAGCACUUGUUUGGCCAAGUUUUGUAUUAUCUAAUAGGCUCUUAUAGCAGUUCUAUCACUGACACGAUUGUACUUGUAUGUGAAGUGUUGGUAGAGUUGUAUUUGUUAUAAACUUACUCAUUACAAAUAAAGUCUUCUAACUCUGUUAUUCUCA